CGAUCGUUGGCCUGACAUUCCAACUCAGCAAUCACCUUCACCCAAACCGAAAACCUUUCCAGAUCACAAGUUUCAGAGGUUUGGCAAUCCGCAAGCUUUCCAUCAAUCAUUCAAUCCUCCAACACACCCGAGAGAAAUCAGUAGUCGCCAUUGCUCAUAAUCGGAUCUGGAUUUCAUGAUAUGGAGGCGGUCAAUGCACUGAAGUUGACUCCACUCUCCAUUCAUUCUGAGACCAGAAGGAUCAAACCCAGAAAAAUCCAACUUUUCCCUGUGAAGAGCCUCUCUUCUUCAAGUUCCGCAAAGGGUUUAUCCAGAAACGCUAAAGCGACUCUCUUUCUGCUGUCUUCUAUACUGAACUCCGCCUCAGCUAAAGCACUGACGUACGAGGAAGCACUUGACCAGUCAAUGAACAGCGUCGGCGCUGACUUCGAUGCAAGUGGGGUUGUGGAAACAGUGACCAGAUUCGCCAGUGACAAUCCGGUGUUUCUCGCCGGCGGCGCCGCAAUCUUGGCGGUCCCACUCAUAGUAUCACAGAUGCUGACCAAGCCUAAGCCAUGGGGGGUCACGUCAGCAAAGUAUGCUUAUGCUAAAAUGGCUGACGAUGCCAGUGCGCAGUUGCUGGACAUAAGACCGCCGCGUGAGCUGAGGGAGGUGGGGGGGCCGGAUAUCACGGCGAUGAAGAAGAAGCCGGUGACUGUCAGCUAUAACGGCGAGGACAAGAACCGUUUUUUGAAGAAGCUGUCUUUGAAGUUCAAGGAGCCUGAGAACACCACCUUAUUCGUUCUGGACAAAUUUGAUGUAAGCUCGGAACUGGUUGCUGAGCUAGUGACAGAAAAUGGGUUUAAAGCUGCAUAUGCAAUUAAAGAUGGAGCGGAAGGACCCCAAGGAUGGAUGAACAGUGGUCUCCCAUGGAUACUUCCUAAGAAAACAUUAAGCCUUGAUCUCAUCAGUAACUUUACUGAUGCAUUUGGUGAUGUUCUUGGGGAAGGCGCUGAUGGAGUGACAGCAGGCCUUGGAGUUGCAGCAGCAGCAGCUGGAUUAGGAGUAUUGGCUUUUACAGAGGUAGAAACAAUUCUUCAACUGCUUGGUUCUGCUGCAAUCAUUCAAGUUUUCAGCAAGAAACUCCUGUUCGCAGAGGACAGAAAGCUAACGCUUCAACAAGUAGAUGAGUUCUUAAACACCAAGAUAGCUCCCAAAGAGCUUGUAGAUGAGAUUAAGCAAAUAGGGAAGGCACUUCUACCAACACCAGUAAGUACUAGCAAGGCUCUACCCAGCCCUUCUGCAGAGGAAUCAUCACUUCCAGAGGCUAAUGACAUUAGACCCAAAGAUGCAGAGGCAUCGUUACUGCCGACUCCAGUGUUCAAUUCAGUCCUUAGAGCAGACGCACCUACUCCAACUCCAAAACCACUUUCUCCAUAUCCAAACUACCCGGAUUACAAGCCUCCAUCCUCACCAAUGCCUUCACAGCCAUAGAUUGAGUUGUGCAUGGUUGCAAUCUUGCAGAUGACAAGAGUAGUUUGUUGUUGUUCCAUGAACUAUCUAAGCAAGCUAUUUUCUUGCUUGUCGAGUCGCCAUUUGAUGGAUAGAAAGACGCGUUUCAGAGCAUGUAAGCAGGUGUAAAAGGAAGGAAUGAAAAUUCAUUCAAAUCCAACUAGAUGAUGUCUGAUGUGUGACAUCAUCAUGUACAUGUGUGAAUUAAUGUGGUAACACGAAAUUAUAGUAAAAUAAUUUUGUCAUGAUCCUGCAAAUAAGCAAUGAAGCAACUCAAGUUUAUUUACAAUUGUUAUUUUGCUUUAGUCAAUACUCAAUAUUAUUAUAAUCUUUUAAUUUGAUCAUCUUUUUCAAAUCAUUUUUGCGCGCAGCCUUUUGGCAUGGCCUUAAAUGACAGAAUUUGUUAAAGUUGAAAACUUGAAAUUGUGGGGGAUUAGAGUGUACCGACCAAAUCCCUGUCAUGAUUAUUACAUGUACGUGUGCAAGGAGUUUGACGUAGUCAGGAG